CGAAAUAAUGUCGUAAGAUAUUAUGUGCUUAGCAAAGAAGGACACGAGUCUUCAUAUAAUACGAAUCCUCCCUCUUAGACCAUCAAAGAAUUGUUACCAAGAGACGAAAAGUUCACUUGAAACCAUUUGCAGAGCAUAAGAUGUCCACCAGGGCCGUCAGGAAUGGAGGUCGUGAGGAGCGUCGCAUAACGGUGCGUCCGUCUUCGGGAUCAAUCACUGCAGAUCGCCUUCGUUCCUCGCGUGGGACAACUGCAGUUCAUGAGGUAACCAAAGAGCUUCGGAUGACGGAAAGACGUUCUUCGUCAACAGCGACGACUGCACGUCGUCAAGAUUUUCAAAGGACGGAACAUCGUUCCUCCUCGCGUGUGGUCAGUACUGCAGUUCGUGAGGAUUUUCAGACGACAACACGUCGUUCCUCCGGAUCGAUCACUUCACGAGAGUUUCGGACGUCGGAACAACGUUCCUCAAGAAGGAUCUCUUCAAAUCGCGAAGAGGUCCGGACGGGGGAGCAUCGAACGAUCACUACAAGUCGUCAGCAGGUUCUGAUGUCGAAGAGUCGUUCUUUGGGAACGGUCACUACAAGUAGGCAAGAGGUUCGGGUGGUGGGCCCUAGUUCUUCGCGUACAAUCACUACAAGUCAUCAGGAGGUUCGGACCUCGGAGCGUCGUUCUUCGGGAACGAUCAAUCGUGAGAAAGUUCGGACGAGGACGACAGAGCGUCGCUCAUCAGGAACCAUCCCUGCUGGACAUCAGGAGGUUAAACGCCGUUCCUCCAGAACGAUCACAGCCGAUCCCCACCGCCGCUCCUCUUGAGGAGACAGAUUCCUUCAAAAUGCACCGUACAAGAGUCUUCUUUUUCUAUGUGUGGUUGAAACGUAUUUGCUUAUGUUAUGUUUAUCUUCUUUCUAUGACUUUGCUUUUGUUGUUCAGCCUUUCUUUCUUUUUCUAAAUAAGAGUCCCAAGCAAGUGUAAUCUUAGGUUGUGUUUUCAUUUA